CGGGCUUCGAGCAUGCGUGAGAUUUGCUCACCUGACAGCGUGGACGCCCUGGUAUCCACUCCAACCCGUGGUCUCCGUCCUGGUCUUUGGGAGACCCUUCUACUCCCUUGCCUGGUUGUGGGCCUCGUCAACACAAAGGAUGAGGUCGCUCGUCGAAUUUCUUUGGCAAAUUACCUGGAACCUAUUAUUCCUUUCAAGAUUUCGGCCAGGGUGAACGACUCAGCUUACAUUGAUGAAGAUGAGCUAAACGUAAGCCGUAUGCCAUCGGUAAAACUCUUCGGAGCGCGACGCAGGUCUGGAAGAGUUCUGAAUGUCGAGCACGGUACAACGACCGUUGUGUCGGCGCCGUAUUUGCGAAAGGUGCGCAAAGUAGCUUUUCACAGUUCUCUUGGCAAUGGAGCGUCGAUGUGGGUUCAGGCUAAUGCCUGUUCGCAAGCUUCUUUAGCGAGAUGUAGUGUGAACUCCAGAGAGCACUUUUACAAGCUGAUUCGUCUUGCUCAACCACGCUUCAACAGGCCCAUCGUGGUAGCGGAGGGCAAGAGAGCAGAAGAGUCAGUUCGACCCGCAUGAGUUUUCAGUCACGGGAUCAUGGUGUGGGUGUUUCUUGCAAAAUCGUUGGCUGAAGGCCUGGCGAGGGUUCCAUCGUGAUCUCUCACAAGUUGCUCCCUUGAGUAGUGAGCCUCUCGCGGCCGGAGAAGCAGCGGUCAGGGUCGAAGAUUGAUACGGUGGAGUCAUUGAGUCCCGUGUGCUGGCGUCACGGUGAGUCAACGCUUCAACCGCUAUCGGUCGCAGAUGGUCGCGUUGUACAGCAGAGUGGCCCGAGGAGUCUUCUUGAUAGAUUCGAGCAUGGAGG